CCCUGUGAAUAAUCUUUCGGAUUGAUUCGUUUCUGAGAACGUUGUUUUUUUAUGCGUGGAAUUAAGAACGAUCACAUUGGGAACGGAUACUUUUACCGGGCUCUUUUUUAGCCAACUACUACUUUUUCGGCUACUUCGAGAUUUAUUGGAUAUUAGCCUAAAUCAACACAAUGCAAUAUGUUCAUUUAUCUAAGGAUUCAUGCCGAAACGGUUCCAUAAUAAGGCUACUGUGUCCAUCUCAGACUGCGGUGUGUAUAGUCAACGGGGAGGCAAACCUCCUCAACACCUCCUUCACUGACAAUCACAAUGCCACUGAGACAGGGCUGUCAGCCGUCGGCAACAACUGGACCAACUAUAACUUCUGGACUGGUUUGACCUUGGCGGUGCUGUCGGCCUUCCUGAUUGGAGGAAGUGUGAUGCUGAAGAAGAAGGCCCUGCUUCGCCUAGCCAAUAAUGGACAGACCAGAGCAGGUGAAGGUGGUCAUGGAUAUUUAAAGGACUGGCUAUGGUGGAGUGGACUUCUAACCAUGGGUGCCGGUGAGGUUGCCAACUUUGCAGCGUACAUGUUUGCUCCAGCUACUGUGGUGACUCCUCUGGGCGCCCUGAGUGUCCUUAUCAGUGCAGUGCUGUCCUCUUACCUGUUGGGGGAGACACUGAAUCUUUUGGGGAAGCUGGGCUGUGUGCUCAGCAUACUGGGCAGCACUCUCAUGGUGAUCCAUGCACCUGAAGAAGAGGAAGUCACUACCCUACUGCAGAUGACUGACAAAUUGCUUGACCCAGGCUUCCUUGUGUUUGCCAGUAUCCUGCUGGUGGCCUGCUUGCUGCUUAUCUUCUACUUCUCCCCCCGUGUGGGCCAGACCAACAUCCUGGUCUACAUCGGCAUCUGUUCCCUGCUGGGAGCCUUCACCGUCUCCUCCGUCAAGGGCCUAGGCAUCGCCAUCCGCACAGUGACCUCUGACCCGGCCGUGGUGCGUCACCCGCUCACCUGGAUCCUUCUGGUGUCACUGGUCAGUUCCAUCGUGGUCCAGGUCAACUACCUGAACAAGUCUCUGGACACUUUCAACACGCUGCUGGUGUACCCAAUCUACUACGUGUGCUUCACCACCGUGGUGCUCACCACCUCCAUCAUCCUGUUUAAAGAGUGGGGGACCAUGUCUGGUGUGGAUGUGGUGGGCACCGUGGGGGGCUUCCUGGUCAUCAUCUUGGGGGUAGCCAUGCUGCACCUGUUCAAAGACAUCCACGUCACCCUGGAGGGCCUGGCCAGCAGAAUGUGUCAGCCGCUGGAGGUGAAACGGGAGGACAAACACAUCCUCAUUGAGAAUAUGGAGAGCCUGCCUCCCAUGAGAGAAGACGCACCCAGAGUCUUCAUCAUCAGCUGAGAGACUGGCACUCAGGAUCUUCAUCAUCAGCUGAGAGACUGGCACUCAGGAUCUUCAUCAUCAGCUGAGAGACUGGCACUCAGGAUCUUCAUCAUCAGCUGAGAGACUGGCACUCAGGAUCUUCAUCAUCAGCUGAGAGACUGGCACUCAGGAUCUUCAUCAUCAGCUGAGAGACUGGCACUCAGGAUCUUCAUCAUCAGCUGAGAGACUGGCACUCAGGAUCUUCAUCAUCAGCUGAGAGACUGGCACUCAGGAUCUUCAUCAUCAGCUGAGAGACUGGUACCUGAGAGAACUCUUAGCACAUUCACUUAUGUAAAUAUGUAUUUGAUAGUCUUUUUAUUGGUAGUUUUAUGUAGAUUUGUGACCAGAGCUGUUGUUGACUAUGUCUAUGAUGCUCCAGGAUGCUAAAUAGCUACUGAGGACCUUUGUCUAUGAAGGUACCAGAGAAGAGAUGACAUUUUAUAUAGUUGUUUAUACUUGUGGGUGUUUUUUAACCUCAGUUAAUGAUCAUAUGGGUUGCUGAUGACGCUGCAGGCUAUGUAGACUGCUGCUGAAGACCAAUGUUUGUGAUUCAUCAAGGCAUUUUAAAAAGGGCUAUUUUUUAUAUAGAUAUAUAUAUAUAUAUACUUUGCAUUUUAAGAUGUUGACUACAUUUCAUAUUUUACUGUUGCCUGUCAGUCAUUUCAAUAAAUAUUUUCUAUUUUGUCCCCA